AUGCUCAAUAUUCUCAAAUAACUGUAAAAUGAAAUGACUUCAAAAGAUGAUUAAAUAAGAGCAAAGGCUACUCACAAUUUUAGAGAAUAAUUAGAAUUAAUCAAUGUUAAUCAAGAAGAAUCAACAUUUUUAAUUGAAUUUUUCUUACAUAAAUUAAAUGAUCCUCAAUCUUUACUUGAUACAACAUAUAUUUUACUAAAAUUGAGUAAAUCUUAAAAAAACAUUCAUCCAUAACUAAUUAAAAUGAUUUAGAAUAAAUAAAUAAUAAUACCCUCAUUUUCAAGAGAAGCCAGAAUCAAUUUAUAUCAAAUAUUUCUUAUCUAUCCUAUUACAUUUGAAAUUGCUUCAGCAAUACUUUAGAGUAUUAUUGGUGAAAAGGAUCCAAGAAAUAUUCUAGUUGCAUUUCAAUUAUGUGAUGCAAUUUUAUAAGAAAAUAAAGUAGGAAUUUAAUAUAAAAGAGAAAUUUUUGAGUUUUUAGAUUGUUAUUAUCCUAUAGAAUUUAAUGAAAAAGCAGAUCCAAGGUAUAAUUAAAUAAUUAAUUAGAUUUUAAAUUAAAAAAGUAGAAAUUGAAGAUAUACUAAAUAAAUGUCUUUUUAGUGAAGUUUUACUAGAUGAUUCUAUUUUAUUGUUAUAAGAUAAAAUUGUAUCAGCUUAUGAUCGAGCUUAAGGUUCAGCACUUAAAAGUGUUAUGUGGAUAAUUAAAAAUUAAAAUAAAAUAACUGUAUUAUAAAUUGAAGAGAUUUUUGAAUCUAUCUAAAAACUUACAGACCAAGUUAUCAUGGAUGAUGAUGUAGUUUUAUUAAUUCCAAUUACUUUAAAAGAAAUUUGUAAUCAUGAAAAGUAUUCUAAAGUAAAAGCAAAAAUUAAAAAAAUUUCUAUGAAAACAAUAGAAGAAAUACCUGCAACUUAAUAAGGAUUUAUAUAUUUCAAUUUUUUAAAACUAUUGAUUUAAAAUAAUGAUGAGAUGAUUUUUAAAGAUAUUAUUCAAAUAUUUAAUAAAAAAUUUGAUACUAAAAAUAUUAAUGUUACUUAAAAAAGAUUAGAGAAUGUAAUCUAUACAAUUGAAGAAUAUAAAAAAUAUAAUAAAGAUUAUAUUUCUGAAUUAGACAACAAUCUAAAAUUAAAACUCUAUGAUACUUUAUAAUAAGGAAUAAAUCAUAAAGUGUAAAAUGUUUUUAUACUUACCCUAAAAUGUCUAACUGAUAUAAUGAAAUAUUAUUCUAAUCAAUUAAGUAAUUUAGAAUCAAUUUUAUUUAACUAAAUCAAUAUAAGGGAACUUAUAGAAUAAUAAUGUAUUUUAGAUUAUUUUUCUAAAAUUGGUAUUGUUGAUAUUAAGUAAUAUUAAUAAUUACUUACUUUAUGGGAAAAAAAUAAUAAAUUAUUAUAUGAUUAUAGUUUAACAUGUUCUUUGUAUAAUAUUCAAGAUCAUUUUUCAUAAUUUACAUCAAAUAUAAUUAGUAAUUAGAAUUAUUAAAUUAAAUAAGAGUAAAUAUCAGCUCUCAAAUCAUAUUUAGAUAAUCAUUUAAUACUGUAAUCAUAAAGAUAAGAUUAAGCUUAAUUAUUAAUCAAUCAAAUAUAUAAUCCUUUAAGUAAAAAUAUAAAAAAUAAAUUAAUAAAAUAAUUAAUAAGAUUCAUAUUUCAAUAAUUUCCAAUUUGUUAAAAAAUAAUAUAAUAAAUGACUCUGGAAUUUAUACUUAAUCUUGAAGAUGAGCAAUUAUAUUAUUAUAUUCCAUUAAUUAUGGAUUAAGAAUUAAAUGAAAAUCUAGUCUAAUCUAUUCUAGAAAUUAUUUAUAAAUAAGAAUUUAUAUAGACAAAUAUAUAAAUAAAUAAAAAAUAUGUGUACAAAGUUAUUUAGUAUAUUAUUAAUUUUAAUAUUUUUAGCUCUUGUUUAUCAAAGUAUCAAAAAGAAUUAAACUUAGAGUUUCCUUAAAUAUCAAUAAUGGAAAUAUAAUAUAAUGAUUAUAAAUUAAAUUAGAUGAAACUAUUUUUAGUAUUGCUUAAAUAAUAAGUAAUUAUAUUAAUUAGAAUAUUUAGAUUUUAAUAAAUAAUGUAAAAGCAAUAGAAAAAUUAAAAGAAAUAUCUUAGAGUCAUCCAUAAAUAAUUUGUGAAGUCAUAAAACAUAAAGAUAUUUAAAAUAAAGCAUUUUUACAAAAAUCAAUAGUUGAAAUAAUUAAACAAAUAAAUCAUAAACAAACAAUAAAUUAUUUAAUAAAUUAAAUAGAUGAAGAAUUCAUUAAUGAUUUAGUUAAUCUAGAAUUGUUACAACUAAUAAUUGAACAUUUUAAUGAUAAAAAAAUUGAUUAACUUAAAUAACUAAAUUUAAUUGUUAAUUGGUGUAAAUUACUGAACUUAAAAGUAAUUGCAUAAUUGGCUAAAAUAGAAACUAAUGAUAUCAAAGUCUUAUAUACUUUAAUUAAUAUUGUGAUGAAUAAUUUUGAGGAAGCUAAAUAUAAUUUAGAUCUAUAUAAUAUAGGAAUUAAUUUAUUUAAAAGAUAUUUAAAUUAUCAUAAAAGAAUAGUUAGAUAAGCUGCUUAAGAAGCAAUAAAUGAAUGGUAUAUAGUAUUUUAUAAAGGUUUAUGA